AUGGCGGAAGGCACGAGAUACCGAUCCUUGGAGGAUCAGCUGAAGAAACAGGAGAGUAAGCUCCAGGAAUUGGCCGAAUCCAUGGUUGCUCUGCACACGUCGGCGCAGAAUGAGCUACAACAGAGACUCAAUGAGGAAAUGGAGAAGAGCAACUCGAGACUGGAGUCGGUGGUGGGAAAUCUGGACCAGAAGUUCUGCAAGUUGGAGCAAAAGUUCAACGCGUUAAUGAAAGUGAUGAUGAAGGACAAGGGAGGCCAGGAGAAUGAAGGAGGACCUUCCGAACCUCUUCUACCUACACCACCCUCGCAUGUCCGACUGGCGACUCAGGCUGAAAUGGCCGGCCAACAGCAGGAGUCCAGAGGUAGGAUGUUCACCCCCAAUUUACCUAGAUUAGAUUUGCCGAUGUUUAUGGCAGGGAAUCCAAGGGAAUGGCUUAGGAAAUGUCAUAAAUAUUUUUUGAACUAUCACAUACCUGCUUGCCAGAAAGUGGAUUUAGUGGAGAUGUUCUUAGAAGGCAAAGCCGAUAAUUGGUUCCAAGGGGUGAAAUUAGCUAUACCUGGGCUAAAUUGGGAAGAGUUUAGCGAGUUGCUAUGUGAGCGUUUCUCUGGCAAGGGAUCGCUCGACAUCGUAGAAGAAUUUAACAAGCUGCAACAAGUGGGGACAGUGGAGGAGUAUGAGGAAAAAUUUGAAGAAUUAAAAACUUUGAUGUUAACCAAGAACCCCAGAUUAGAUGAGUCCUAUUUUGUUUCCAGCUUUAUCAGUGGGUUAAAAGAGGAGAUCAAGCCCAUGGUAAAGAUGUUUCGACCACAGACAUUGACCAAAGCAUUUGAAGUAGCAGAGUUGCAGGAGUAUGCACUGGAGGUGCAAUGUAAGCAGACUAAAAAUUCUGGCAAGAUUGCCAUGGAGCCUAAGUUUGGGAUGUACAAGGGGCAACCUGGUGGACAGAAUCUACCUAAUUCUUACAGGCUUCCUGCGAUAACUCCUAACUCUAGAAGGACCGAAGUUGCACACAAGGAGGUAGGAAGACUUUCAGCAGAAGAGCUGCAGUACAGGCGCAAAAACAACCUAUGCUACAGGUGUGGAGAGAAGUUUGGGUUGGGACACCAGUGCAGGACAAGAGGUUUGAACUGCGUUAGUGUGGAAGAGGAAGAGGAAGAAGAGAAUGAUUUUGAGGAUGCAGUGGGGGAACAGGAUGAGUUUACUGGCAGAGUUGGAGAGACGGCUGAAGUAUCACUGAAUGCCUUGUCUGGUGCCAUUCAGAGGAAGUCCAUCAUGCUAAUUGGCAGUAUAGGUGGCUUACCAAUUAAAAUACUAGUGGACACCGGGAGUUCUGACAGUUUCAUCAACCAUAGAAUUGUUACCUUACUGCAUUUACCUUAUCAAUCUGUGAAUCCUUUUAUUGUGACUUUAGCCAAUGGGACAGACAUCACCAGUGGGACAGCCUGUCCUAAGGUAGCCUGGAGGAUACAAGACUACAAAUUUCAGUUUGACAUGAAGAUAAUGGAACUAGGAGGUUGGGAUAUCAUCCUGGGGGUUGACUGGAUGUGUCAGUUCAGUCCAAUCACCUUUGACUUCCACACUCUCAGCAUAGCACUCAGUGAUCGAGGGCAAUUACUCCACCUCCAAGGGUUCAUAAAUCAACCUACGAUGGAGCUUGUGAGGGGAAGGGACCUCAGAUCCUUCAUCCAAGAACGAAAGAAGAGUUGUGCACACCUGCAGACGAACUCCACCAAAGACCUUCAGAAGGACAUCCCAGAGUUGGUGGAACAGGUCUUACAGCAGUUUCCACAGAUCUUUGCUACUCCAACGGGACUACCUCCAGAAAGGGAGCUGGAUCACCAAAUCCCUCUCAAACCAGGGGCAGAACCAUUUAAACUCAAGCCUUACAGGUAUCCCCACUCCCAUAAAGCAGAAAUUGAGAAGCAGGUUGCAGAAAUGCUUACGAAUGGAAUUGUUAAACACAGUACUAGUCCUUUUGCUUCCCCUGUCUUGUUAGUUAAAAAAAAAGAUGGCACUUGGAGAUUAUGUAUAGACUACAGGAAGCUCAAUGAGGUGACUGUCAAGGAUAGAUUUCCCAUCCCCAAUAUUGAUGAAUUGCUAGAUGAGUUACAUGGCACCAAAUUUAUGUCUAAGUUAGACCUCAGGGCUGGGUACCAUCAGUUGAGGGUCAAGGUAGCAGACAUUCCCAAGACUGCUUUCCAAACACACCAUGGGCACUUUGAAUUUCUAGUAAUGCCUUUUGGCCUAACAAACGCACCAGCUACAUUUCAGGCUUUGAUGAAUAGGAUUUUCCAGCCAUUCCUGAGAAAAUUUGUAUUGGUAUUUUUUGAUGACAUCUUGGUCUACAGUCCCACUCUAGAGUCACAUGCGCAGCACCUAAAAAUUGUACUCCAAAUCUUAGCGGAUAACCAGUUAUACUGUAAAAAGUCAAAAUGCUCUUUUGCUCAGACAUCCAUGGAGUAUUUGGGGCAUGUGAUUUCUGAGGUUGGUGUCAACAUGGACCCAGAUAAGGUGGGAUGUAUCCUGUCUUGGCCCACUCCUAACUCAGUUAAGGAAUUAAGGGGAUUCUUGGGGCUGACUGGAUAUUACAGAAGAUUUAUAAAGGGGUAUGGUGUGAUUUGCAAGCCUUUAACUCAGCUACUGAAGAAGGAGAGUUUUGGGUGGAACCAUCAUGCUCAGAUGGCUUUUGAAGACCUCAAAAGAGCUAUGACCACAGCUCCAGUACUCAGUAUGCCAGAUUUUGAAAUUCCUUUUGUCAUAGAGACUGAUGCUUGUGGGGUAGGGAUUGGAGCAGUGCUAAUGCAACAUGGACACCCUAUAGCUUUCCUCAGCAAAGCUCUAUCCAGCCAGAACUUGGGGUUAUCUGUUUAUGAGAAGGAGCUAUUUGCUCUGGUGCUAGCCGUGACCAAAUGGAAACACUACUUGGUGGGCCAUCAUUUUGUCAUCAAAACUGACCACCAAGCUCUCAAACACUUGCUGGAGCAGAAGCUCACGCACCCCCUGCAACAUAAAUGGCUCACCAAAUUACUUGGCCUGGACUACGAAAUCCAGUACAAAAAAGGAGCUGAAAUGGGGUGGCAGAUGCGCUAUCCAGGAGGAAGUUUGAACACCCUCAGGGGGACGUAG